UCUCAGCAAUCUGCCAUUUAACGUCAUCUGAACCUUUGUGGGGAUGAAAACAGGUAACCAAAGUAGAGCAUCAAAGUACUGAAGCUACUGUUCAAAGUUUCUGGGUUUAGCAAAACACCACCAAACUAGGUCAGUGGCCUCUUUAAGAUGUUUCUUUCAACACAGGAUAGAACACUUUAUUCAGAAGCAUCGCUCAAAGCAAGUCAUCUGAGGAAGACUACAUGAACGCUCAAAAUAUGUUGGAUGUAUCCUGAUGAGAAAACCCUGAAGGCACACAGACGCCAUUCAAUUCUGUCAGAUUGCAGAAUUACACAGGAUAUACCUUUUGGUUUUAUCUACCAUGGUGCGUGUGUCAAACACUGUCUCUUCGUCAUAUCAGCCAGAAGAUCCUCUGCACACAGACUGCUGAAUGGCUAAGGCUGCUGAGUCUAAAUGAGAAUAAAUGCUGCAAUGAAUCUCUCCUCCAUGCUUUGGAGGAUCCUCAUUGUUCUUCUCUGUUUUUCCAUUAAGCUUUACAGCUUGCAAAUUAAACGCCGGGGCUUACUGACAGUGAAACCAGCUAAACUCUUCCUCAUCGGCUCAAACCUGACAGUGUAUUGCCACCCUGAAAAAUGUAAAAAUGGUUUCAAAUUGUCCCUGGAGGUGAAUGGCGAGACUGUGACUUCUUCCGAGGAAGUCAACUGCCCAGCGAUAUUCAAUCUGAUCAAUUUCCGGACGCCAUUUUCUUCAGUGAUCUGCAUGCUGAAGGGCCCAGACUCUUCUAAGAUUGUCGAUGGAGGGGACCUUUAUGGCGGGCUCCCUCCAGAUAAACCUGAAAACAUAAUAUGUGAAACGACAAGAAGCUCAGAUAAUAUAAUAUGCUCCUGGGAGAAAGGACAGAAAACACACGUCAUUACCACCUACAACAUUUCACUAAACAGGGGAAAUGGGACCCGGCUAGAGUUGUAUCAGAUCCAAGAUGAUGAACAAAGGGUUAGCGCUAACCCCCUCACCAUAUCCAGAGCGGUGAUAGAAGAAAACAUUAAAUACAAGUUGAUUAUCACUGCUUACAAUCACUUUGGAGAAUCUCAAUCUGAUCCAUUCAUCUUCUGUUUAAAGGAUAUCGUUAUACCAGAGACCCCUCGUAUCGUGCACAUAGAGUUUGAGAAUAACUCCCAAGCAGCCGUGUUGCAAUGGGAAACCUCCAACUCCUCCGAGCAUCUCAGAUCUGAUGUCAGGCUCUGCACAGAUAAGGCCCCCUCCUGGGUAAAGUCAAACUACAAGGCAGAGGGAGCAGAUCUCAACGAGGGUCUGAUUCGAGUGUCUGGCCUGAGGCCUCUGACUGAUUAUGAGUUCCAGAUGAGAACAUGCAUGCCGUAUACCAACACGCCCAGGUUAAACUGCAGCAAAUGGAGCGCAUCUGUGAGGGGGAGAAGUCCUGGAAAAGGUCCGUCUCAGCAGCUGCAUGUGUGGAGGACGUUCGACAGCCCGGGGUCAAAUGUGACUGUUUUGUGGAAGCCUCCAUCUCCAGAGGAUUACAGUGGAGUGGUGCAACAGUACAAGAUCUUUCUGGGAAAUGAGCAGAAACAGCUCUCUGGACCUGCAUCGAGUUCAGUUCCUGUUCCAGCAGAAAUCAAGACAAUAAGCAUCAGUGCCAUCACCUCGUAUGGGACGUCUCCGCCGGCCGUUGUACCACUCAAACAUUCAGGUGGUUUUGCACCUGUUUUAAGAGAGUUGGCUCCUGCAGCUAACAGCAGUGCCGUGCUCGUCUCCUGGACGUGGACGGACGAUAAACACUGGUCCACAUCUGACCCUCUGCACUAUGUUGUACAAUGGACAACUGUACCUGGAGCACAGAUGAAGUGGCAACGAGUGUCUAAAGAUCAAAACAACACUUUAAUUACAGCUCUGAGAGCAGGUGUGCGGUACAACGUCUCUCUGUACGUUGUGACCAGCAGAGGAGUCAGCGCUCCAUCAUCCAGGCUGGUCUACUCCAAAGAACAGAAGCCGGUUUCUGGACCCAACCUGUCAGUUCUGGUCCACAAGUCCCGGCGGGUCCACAUCCAGUGGGACGAGCUUCCUGUGGACCAGCAGAGAGGCUUCAUCACACACUACACCGUCUAUCUGCAGACACUCUACUCCAGCAACACUAAACUCAGCGUGACGGUGUCUGGCUCCGGCCCCAGGAUUCUGUGGCUGGACUGUCCCGAAGGAGCUCUGGCUGUGCAGCUCUCUGCCUCCACCUCCGCAGGAGAAGGGCAGCCGGGGAACCGGAUCUUCUCCCAGCCUGAAUCCCCUGCAGCUGGCCUGGUGAUUGGGAUCGUUUUUGUCAUAACCCUCUUUCUGGCGAUCGUAGCCAACCUGAUGUGCUGGAGUUGUGUGAGAAAAAGGAUUAAACAGAAAUGUAUAUCCUGGGGACCGGCCUGGCUUGAUGAGAACUUACCAAAACUAGGAAACAGUAAUGCCAUCAGACUACUGAAGGAGUUUGGAAGUGAACCUUCCUUUUCCUCCACUCAAGACGACCCUCCGUUGUCGGCCAUCAGUUUUAUCUCCCACGAGGAGAGGGACGACGUGUAUCCCACCAUCCACGUCGAAUCAUCCCAGGAUACAUCAGGAGAACCCACAGAGGACACACCCUUGCUAAUAUCAGACCGCGGGACAAUGCUUUUUGACAGCCAGCAGGAGCAUGGCUACAAACCCCAGAUUUCCACAUUGACUCCACAACAAGAGGAGGUAAAGGAGACAGAGGAAGAGCAAAGGGCCAUACCAUCAAGUUUAGAUGAAGACAGUUGUGUGUUUGAAGGAUUACUUGGAGGCUUUCUGUCCAGAGUGGAGGUGGAGCCAACUGAUCCACCUCUGGAGCUGAAUCUCAGCUCAGUUGGUGCUCUUUUGUGGUCAAAAACUCCUGAAAAAACAAAUGUCUUGAAUGAAGGCUUUUUACUGGGGAGGAGGGGGACUGAGAACAAUGUGGAAGGAGAGUCAACCCUUGAUUUACAAGAAAGUGAAAUGACUCCUCACACUACGGACACUUGUUUAUCUCAGUCUACAGAUGAGAUAACCCUGACUGGUGGUUAUUUCCCUCAAGGAGCUGCCGUGAGCAGCCCUGCACGCUGCGACACACUGUCAUAGAUAUCAGGGCCAAUGGGAACGACACACACAGGACAAUCUGCACUACUUAACUGAUUUUUAAGAAAGCAUUAUGUUCAAGCACCACUUUACUUGAAGUGAAGACAACUGUCCCUUUGUGUAAUCAUGUUUCAGGUGAUCUGUAAUGAUGAGCGAUGUACUUAUAUACUAACAAAGCACUUAUACUAACAAUGGACUGGCUUAUCUAAAGCCAGUUCAGUAGCACUUGAAAUGUUUUGGCUCUAUGAAACCUGAUGUACUUAUAUGAUUCUGUUUUCUUCAAGUUUGUAUCUUCUUGGUCGAAUGCACUUAUUGUAAGUCGCUUUGGAUAAAAGCGUCAGCUAAAUGUAAUGUAAUGAGCAGCUCUGUUCAAAACUAAGUAAAUAAAUGAAUAAGAAAAGUUUAUUUUAUCAAGCCUCAAUAGGAAUCCAUAAAACUUGCAUUCCUCUAAUGGCCAACAGGGGGCGACUCCACUGGUUGCAAUAUGAGGUCUGAUUGUAUAGAAGUCUAUGAGAAAAUUACAAUAUUUCUCCAUUUAUUUUUCAUCUCAGUUGACCAUUUAAAAAAAAAAAGUUGUUUUUCCUGACUUACUACAAAGACAGUACAUAGUUAGCAAUUAUGAACGUUAUUAAGUCUGCUAUUUUAAGAUAUAAUUGAAUAUGGUCUGGUUGCCCUGCCAAGUGCACUUUGCACAACCUAGCAACCAAAAUGUGUUUUUUCAGCUGUACAAUUAAUACAUUAUUUAUAAGUAAUUAAUAGAACCAUGGUCACAGCAUUUUGAACCGCAUGUUACGUAAAUACACAGCUGUAAUUAUAGAGAUGUAACUCAUCCUGCACAUGUCACAAUUAAGUCAUACACAGCUGAUCUCUAUUUACUGCUGAACGUGUUUGUUUUAUUUCAGUAUUAAGGUGUGACCACUGUAUGAUUCUAUUGUUAGCCAUUGUUAAUUAUUCGACGCUGAAGUGACACUGAGUUUAACAUUUCCAAAACACAUCCAGACAAAAGUCAGUUGUAGGGUUUUCCUGUUACAUAUAAUGGCUCAGUUUUGUGGUAUUAAAAUGUGCCCCUGAACCUUUCACAUGUACCACCUGCAGUUAAACACCGUUUUUUUAACACUU